AUGUUCUGUAUUGCUCAUGCUCAAAACGCAAGGUGGAUGAAUACUCUACCUCGGGUAAUCGCAAAAGUGACCAUGCAUUGUGUAAUCUCCGCGAUUACAUGUCCUAACCGCCACACUGGCUUGUUGUCGCUUCCAAAGAGACCUCUGCCGGUGUCCGUAUUGCCGAACCCGGGAGACUGCUGCUUGUUGACCAAUCCGAAAAGGCUACCUGAAGCAGGCGCAGUGCUGGCAAAGCCGUGCAAGAGCCCGUCGUAUGAAUGUCCAGGGCCUAAUAACAGCGGCCAGCUGAAUACCGGCAAAGGAGAACCAAAAGGCUCGCCAGCGUUCUGCGAGCUAGCCGUCCUCCAACGCAUGAAGACGGAAGAGAGCCACGCCACCCAUAAAAUGUCACCCGCCGCUGCAAGAUCGUUGAAUAUUACCCCUCGGGCUUCUUUCCAUCGCUGGCUUGACCGAAAACAGGAAGAAGGCGGCACGCAGAUCAUGUUUUGCGGUAACGACUGCCUUCGCAAGACCGCUGAUCGCAAUUCAGGUGUACACGAGCUUCGAGAUAGGCCUUUGCAGCAAACCAGAGAAUCGGUUUAUGGCGCAGCAGAGCUGCAGAAGGCAAUUCGGCUACCCAAAGCUGUCUCCAGUCCUAAGUAUAUUGAGAAUCGUGCUUCGAGACGGGCCUUCAUAGUAAGAACUGUAAUGCCGACUGUGAAUCGGUCCUUGGCACAGCACAUUUGUAGGAAGAAGUUCGGUACCUCCCCAAGGCUACCUCUAGUUGAGGGUGUUGACUGGGAUUCUUUCGACAGGACUUCGGUAUUGGCAGCAGCUCAACGUGCUUCCGGAUGGGCUUUCAUAGCAAGAGCACAGGUGGUGGCACCAGUCAUCACGCAAAUCGUUCCGCCGAGCUCCAUCAGUCGACUCGGGGCAGGCGAUGAUUUUGUCUGCCUCGGUGGGGUUAUGGAUGCUGGUGUCCCAAUUCUGCAGCUGACCUUCGCCGCCGAGAAAUGGAUUUGGCGACCCUGUGCUACGAAACGUGCUGGAAGCUGGCCUUCUUGCGAACUAGGCCAUCCUGGAGUAUUGUCGAGUGCUGCGUUCGAUGAGUCAGCGCGAUGGAGUAGAGUGGAAGGCAUGCCAGGUGGUGGGACUGCGCUGGCAGCUGAAGCAGUUGGCAGUGGCUGCGCCGGCCUAAGCCAAGUCCGCAAAGUUACGAGCAACUGA